ACGAACUUCUAGCAUCAAGCCCCGCCCCUUUUACCUCAGCGCCGAAAACCACGCCCCCCCCAGAGCAGUGCUCCACUUUACGACAGCGCCGCUUGGCGGCCGGAAGCGCUUUACGGCAGCGGGCGCGCAGAGGAGGCGGCGUGAGCCCCAUGGCGGUGGCGGAGCGGAGCGGCGCGGAGGAAGGAGAGGAAGAGGCCUCGGCCUCUCUCAAAGCCUCGGAGCCGGAAGCGGAGGACGCGGAACCGGAAGCGGAAGGGGCGGGGCGGCAGCGGAAGAAGCUGCCGGUGCCGGGAGUGGUUUACCUCAGUCACGUCCCACCCGGUUUCGGGCCCCGGCAGCUGCGGGCGCUGUUGGGGGGGCACGGGGAGUUGGGCCGGGUUUUCCUGCAGUACCUGCCCGGAUUCCGCUGGCCCCACCUGAGCGAGCGUUUGGCCGCCGAGCGCCAGGCCCGAGCCCACCGCCUCCGGGCCGAAGCCGCCCAAGCCAAACGCGAGGGGGGGUUCUACCGCCGCUGCGCCGCCAUGGCAGCCCCCCCCCAACUCCAGGACCCCCCCCAAAACGACCCCCAAGCCCCCGACGAGCCCCAGCCGGAUGGCCGCCCCACGUGGGGUUUCGCCCAGCGCCCCACGGAACCGGAGAUAUGGGGCAGAAAGAAGAAGCCCCCCCGGCCCCCCGCACGCCAGCUGCUGGCUAAGGUGUUCGCGGGGGGGAGGUGAAAAAGCCGGGGGGGAAAGGGGCGGUUUUGGGUAUAAAAAUGGCAAAAAAAAAA